UAAUAAUUACGAAAGAGUUUUGUUGUAGUUGGCUUGUUACAACUACCUAGACGAAAACCUCACAAACAAUAUUCAUAUUUUUCUUCUCGUUUUUCACAAAAUUACUUUCAUAUAUUCGAUCUCAUCAAAGUCGACCAAGUCAGAAAUUCACACAUCUUCCUAUAGUUCUUCUUCUCACUCUCUUAAUUCAUCUCCAAGUAAUAAUAAGCUUCUUUAUCACGCUAGUUAUAAUUAUCACACAUAUUAUAAUAUGAUGACAGUGUUCGGAAAAUCCAACGCCGCCACAGAGGGCGGCUACAUGGCAGUGAGUGCGCAGGUGUUUCCCGUAGUCGACUACGAAAACGAGGCUUCUAAACGCCUAAUCGAUGCGGCGCAUGAUCAUGAUAAUCAUGAUACCAAAUCAAGAUCGGGUGAUGAUGAUGAUGCUGAGUUAAUAAUAGGCAACCCUUUUGUGGAUGUUAACUAUGUUGGAACAGUGAUGUUAAAGUGUAAGAAGAGUGAGUUCGUUUUACGUGGCGAGUUGGCUCACCAUGUUGUUGUUGAGUACGAAGAGUUCAACACAGACGUCACCCCACUCUUUCUCGCUUCUCAUUCUGGCAACUUCACCCUUGUUAGGAAGUUACUGAGUGUUGGAGUUGAUGUGAACCAGAGAGUGUUUCGAGGGUACCCAACCACAGCAGCAGUGAGAGAAGGGCACUUGAAAAUAUUGGAAGUUCUUAUAAGUUGUGGGGCAUCUCAGCUGGCAUGCGAGGAGGCAUUAUUAGAAGCCAGCUACUUGGGACUUGCUAGGCCUGCUGAGAUGCUCAUGGAGUCAGACAUGAUCCGCUCUCGGGCUGCUGUUCAUGCUCUUGUGUCUGCCUCCUGCAGAGGCUUUGUUGAUGUCGUAUGCGCUCUUCUCAAGUGUGGAGUGGAUGCUAAUGCUACCUAUCGUUUGUUGCUUCAAUCUUCCAAACCAUUUCUACAUGCCAAUGUCAACUGCAGUGCCCUUGUUGCUGCCAUAGUUAGUCGUCAAAUUAACGUAGUCAGAAUCCUUUUACAGGCUGGAGUCAGAACUGAUAUAAAAGUGAAUCUUGGAGCAUGGUCAUGGGACACGAAUACAGGGGAGGAUUUUCGAGUUGGGGCAGGACUAGCAGAGCCUUACAGUGUCACUUGGUGUGCAGUGGAGUAUUUUGAGGCCAGUGGUGCUAUUCUAACCAUGCUCCUCCAAUACCUUUCUCCUAACAAUCCUCACUUGGGGAGAACUCUAAUCCACCAUGCCAUCUUAUGUAACAAUGCAAAAGCUGUAGAUAUUCUCUUAAGCUGUGGUGCUGAUAUAGAAGCUCAAACUAACACGACUUCAAAAAUCGACUCACAACUCCGCCCCAUUCACUUGGCUGCUCGGCUGGGAUCAUCACAAAUCCUUCAACAUUUGAUUAAAGCGGGGUGCAAUGUCAACUCGGUAACUGGAGAACAUGGAGAUACCCCUCUAAUGAUCUGCACUCGUUAUAAAAGUGAAAAAUGUCUAAAGAUUUUGGCUGCAGCUGGUGCUGAUUUUAGUGUUGUAAAUUCUAGUACUGGUGAGUCUGCUAGCUCAAUUGCCGAGUCUAGUAAGUGGAAUCUUGGGUUUCAACAAGCUGUUUUGGAUGUAAUUCGAGAUGGGGUUGUCAUUAAAUCAACAAACGAGGUAGUAUUUUGUCCUUUGAUGUUUGUGACUAGAGCAAAUGACACUGAAGCGUUGAAGAAACUUAUCGAAACAGAGGGUGUUAAUCUUGAUAGACAAGACGAAAAUGGCUUCUCAGCUGCUAUGGUAGCUGCAAAAAUUGGUCAUUUAGAGGCCUUUAAAUUACUUCUUAAUGCUGGAGCUGACAUGAAGUUACGUAAUAAACAUGGUGAGACUGCAUUGAAACUAUCAGAAGUGAAUCAUAACAGAAUUGAGUUUGAGAAACUAAUGUUAAAAGAGUCACUAGAAAUGACAAUAAAAAGUCCUUAUUGUCAUUUUGAUUCUCUACACCAAGCAGUAGAAAUGGGUGACUUUGACUAUGUUCGUGUGUUAAUAACAAAUGAAGGCUAUGAUGUUAAUUCUAUUGAUGAUGGUGGCUAUACUCCAUUGAUGUUAGCUGCAAAAGGAGGCCAUGCAAAGUUGUGUGAGCUUUUGAUAUGUUUAGGAGCUAAAUUAGAAGUAGAGAAUCAUAAACAUGAGACGGCAUUCUCUCUUGGUAAGGACAAAAACGACGUAGUACAAGUGAUAAAGGAUAAGAUGGCUAAAGAGCUUGUUCUUAAGGGUGCCCGAGUGAAGAAACAUACUAGAUGUGGUAAAGGGUCUCCUCAUAGAAGAGUGUUGAGGAUGGUUGAAGCUAUUGGGGUGUUAAGGUGGGGUAAGUGGAUGAACAAAAGGAAUGUGGUGUGUAAGGGAGCUGAUGUGGGGCCCAGUGACGUGUUCCGAUGGAAUCGACGGCGGAGAUUCGACACUGAUGAGCCAGGAUUGUUCCACGUGGUGACCACUAAGAAUAAAGAGGUGCAUUUUGUUUGUGAAGGUGGGGUUGAAAUGGCUGAGUUGUGGGUUAGAGGGAUCAAACUUGUGACUAGAGAAGCUAUUUUUGGCAAAAAUAGACUAUUUUAACACAAUUCAAUAACUAUUAAUGUUUACAUACUAAUUUAAUAAUGUCAAAUUUAUUAGUGUAAUUUCUUAUUUUAUAAUGGUGUUAGUAUGAUUUUUAGUAUUAGCUUAAACUAUAGUGAAAGCAAUGCAUUAAUUUUGGAGAUAUGCAAAUAUGUAAGGCUGGGCAUUUAGUUGAUAAGCACCUUAACCAAUGCUUUCUACUUUUUAGAUUAAUGUUUCUCUAUACAUGCUAUAUAAAAUGAUCAUCCUAUUAUAAAAUGCUAUAAUUUGUUUUAUUAGGAGUAUUUUACAUUAGAAUUAACUAAUACAUAAAAGUCUU